AUGCUCUCAAGAAUUUCAAUGCGCCAAUUUCAGGGCCUGGCCGCCUCCAAGAGGCUAUAUGCCACCGCUAAGGCCAGUGCCAACCAAAUUUUGGUCUCCAAGCAUGUGCAGGAGGUGGAUCCUGAAAUGUAUGAUAUCUUGACCAAAGAGCGUCAGAGACAGAAGCAUUCGAUUACCUUGAUCCCUAGUGAAAACUUUACGUCUAGAUCGGUAAUGGAUUUGCUGGGCUCAGAGAUGCAAAACAAGUACUCUGAAGGCUACCCUGGCGAGCGCUACUACGGCGGCAAUCAGUUCAUCGAUAAGGCCGAGUCAUUGUGCCAGAAAAGAGCAUUGGAGCUUUAUGGCUUGGACCCGGAAAAAUGGGGUGUUAAUGUGCAAGCUUUGAGUGGUGCGCCGGCCAAUUUGUACACCUACUCGGCAGUGAUGGAUGUUAACGACCGUUUAAUGGGAUUGGACUUACCCCAUGGGGGGCACUUGUCCCAUGGCUAUCAGUUGGCCAGCGGCACGAAGAUUUCCUACGUGUCCAAGUAUUUCCAAACAAUGCCUUAUCAUGUGGAUGUUCAAACUGGUCUAAUUGAUUACGCUACUCUGGCACAAACUUCGAAGCUGUUCAGACCCAAAGUUAUUGUAGCUGGUACAUCGGCCUACUCCAGAACUUUAGACUACAAAAGAUUCAAGGAAAUUGCUGAUGCGUGUGGCGCUUAUCUAAUGAGUGACAUGGCCCAUAUUUCAGGGCUAGUAGCUGCUGGCGUAAUUCCUUCGCCGUUCGAAUAUUCCGAUAUCGUCACAACCACUACUCACAAGUCUUUGAGAGGACCUCGUGGCUCAAUGAUCUUCUACAGAAAAGGUAUUAGAAAGGUGACUAAAAAAGGAAAGGAAGUAAUGUACGACCUGGACAAGAAGAUCAACUUUUCUGUCUUCCCCGGCCACCAAGGUGGACCACAUAACCAUACGAUUUCCGCACUUGCCGUUGCUUUGAAGCAGGCCGCGUCGCCCGAAUUCAAGGAAUACCAAAAAGCCGUUGUGGAAAACGCUCGAAUUUUUGGUGAGGAAUUGACAAAGCGCGGCUUCCAACUUGUCUCCGGGGGAAGUGAUACCCAUUUGGUUCUCAUUGAUCUGUCGAGCAUCGGAAUUGACGGCGCUCGUGUUGAAACUAUUUUGGAAAAAAUCAACAUCGCUGCCAACAAAAACACUGUUCCAGGUGAUAAAUCAGCCCUUUUCCCCUCGGGGCUGAGGCUUGGUACUCCAGCUAUGACCACUCGUGGAUUUGGACCUAAGGAGUUUGUUCAAGUAGCCCAUUACAUUGAUAAAGCUGCCAAGUUGGCUAUUGGCCUAAAAUCCCAAGAGUCUCCAGACGCCAAAGAUGUGAGGUCCAAACUGGCCAACUUCAAACAAUUAUGCGAGGAAAGUGCCGAAGUUGCCCAUUUGGCGGAGGAAGUAUCCCAAUGGGCUGGGAGCUUCCCCGUUCCUGGUGAACUCUAA